AUGUUCGGAAUUUUAGUCCCAGGUCGACAGAAUAUCACCGAAUUUGAAAACUAUGAAGAAUAUUGGUACGCUGAAGUAGAGAACCCAGCUGAGAUUAAUGUCUUGGGGCUUUAUAUAAACGAACCACUUCAGGAUGAGUCUCUUGCACUCUGAUUAUAUGUCAGCAAACCUCCUUACGAUCCAGAUGAGCUUGAAUUUGUAGGAGCAGUCGCUAAUGCUAGGCCGAGUGAUAUUUUUCAUACAGCUUGGGAGAUAAAUCCAACGAUUAACAUCCAUUCCUCAGUAAAACUAGUGAUAAAGGGGGAACCUUUAGAAAGUAUAAAAGAGAUGGUUGAGAUUAAGGAAGAUAGUCACAUUACAAAGAAGUAUGCGCUCCAAGUAGCUAAACAUCUCUAUAACUACGUGGAGAGCUUUAAUGUCCCAGAAGCAGUUUUUACUAAAUGGUAUGAGAAGUUCAGCAAUAAAUUCAAGAUGGAUCCCAACUUCAUUUUUAAUGUAGAUUAA